AUGGCAUUCGUUGACUUGUUUAAAGGCAUCCUAAUCGGCGAUGUCCUCGAAGGUAGCCCCCAGUUCCUCUACAUUCCGCUGCCAGCAACAACAGAGAUCAGUCAACCAUGGACCAAUUACCCCUUGUAUACUCGCGACGUUAGCAUCGACAUGUCGUCCGGCCACAUCCGCAUCAAGUUCAUUGAGCUGGUUUGUCCUUUGCACUUGCCGGCUUGGGCUGCUACCACAUGGAGUACUACCACUACAGCUACAAGUCCUUGGCUCCGACUCGAGGAGUGGGACACUCACACUAUUCUCGAGGCUAGACAACUUUCGGUGGGUGACGGUGUCAACACUGCUGGGCUGCUGCCUGAGGCUUUGCAGUCUGAGGGCAAACCAGAUUUUGGGCUUCUCUUCAUUAACUUGCCAAUGUUAAGCUUACACGAAGACAACAUCGUCUGCUUCUUAGCCAAGCAGCAUUACUUAAAUAAGCAAGCGUGGGUGAUUGCUGUCGACACGGUGACGAAGAAGCUGCUAGGAGUCCAUCCUUUUCAGAUGGGAAGAUUCACAACACUGUUCUACAGCACCAUCUCUAGCCAUCUCAAUAUAAGUGCUGCAGCUUCAGGUGCAAAGGGAGACCUGGAAUGGCUAGGAACGCACCGUGAACAGCAAGGCGGCGUGGGAGCUUAUGAUGCGGAUGACAAGGAGCUGGAACAUGUGAAGCCAUGUCUGAUUUAG